AUGGCUUCAAGAGGCAUCCCACUGGAUACUUCUGCUGUAGUGUCUACAGUAAUGGAAGGAAUUUUAUAUGGCUUUUCCGUUCUCAUGUUUAUGGGUACCAUCUGGGCAUUGACCUACAAACGUCGCCUAAAGGAUAUCAAUCGCACAAACGCUGUUGUGGCAGUGCUGUUGUUGAUACUGAGUACCGCUCACAUGGUCAUAGAUGUCAUUCGUAUCGAAGAGGGACUUGUGACGUAUCGCGAUACAUUUCCAGGGGGGCCACCGGCGUUCUUCGCAGACGUUGCCCAAAAUACAUUUGUGAACAAGAAUGUGAUAUACACCUUGCAGACUAUGCUCGGCGAUGGGAUGGUGUCUUUUUGGCAAAAGAUUUAUCGAUGUUAUGUCGUUUGGAAAUCUCUCUUGAUUAUCAUCAUACCAAGCGUGCUGUGGCUCGGUAGCACAGUGUCUGGUUUUUUUGCGGUCCAUAGCGUUUCACAAGCGACUAGUGAGGCUGGAAACAUCUUCGCUAAAGCAACUGGUCAAUGGAUCACAACAUUCUAUGCCUUGACACUUGCAACCAAUUUAUCGGCUUCGGGACUUCUGGGAUAUCGCAUCUGGAUGGUCGAACGCAAUGUCUCUGCAAUUCGUGCUACGAAGGGCAGUAUGAUGCCGAUACUGCGCGUGCUUGUGGAUGCCGCCGUUUUGUACUCUGUGGCGCUGCUCUCGGCACUAGUGUGUUUCGUUGAAUGGAACAACGGACAGUAUGUUAUGCUAGACAUGAUCAUGCCGAUUAUCUCAAUUACCUUCUACAUGGUGAUCAUCCGCAUCGCAAUCAACAAGAAAACAACUCACAAUUACAUCUCGACCCGUGGAGGGAUGACCAGUGGGACAGCGGGAGGAAUCUCGCAGCAGUAUGUUAUGAAGCCUUUGGAAGUGCAUGUAUCCCAGCUCACGUACAGAGACAAUACAUCGGCAUACGGAACAGUGAAUCACGACCAGCCGUCGACCAAGGAACUCGAGUCUGUGGAGGGGGAGCAUGCGCUGUGUAAUCGAUACUAUUUAUUCGUACUUGUUCAUGUUUUGUCGUUUCUAGUUUUUAAUCACUACAUGUUUCGCUCACCACUGUACAAUAUACACUAG